GCGCGAGCUGGGGGAGAAUGGCGGCGGGGGCGGCGGCGGCGGCGGGGGCGGCUGCCGGGGGAGGCCGGUGCCCCGAGGUACCGUCCGCCUCCUUCCUCACGGCGCUACUGUCCCUGCUCGUGUCCGCGCCCCGACUCCUGCUGCCGCCCCCGCCGCCGCCGCCCGGGGAACCGGAGGUGCCGCUGCCCCCCUCGGGCUUAGCCCUGCGGCCUGCGGCCUUGCGGCGAGACUGGGAAGGAAGCCCCUCUCCUUCCUGCCUCCCGGGAGAGCAUCACUGCCCCCCCCCCAUUCUCUUGCCCAUCCUCAGCUCUGAAAGGACCUUCAUCCUCCCUUCCUGCCCAGUUUACAGGCUGAUAACCUACAUUCUGGUCUAUGAGCAUCCCCUCUCCUUGCUCUCUGGUCUCGUCAUCAUCUGGCGCUUUGCUGGCAGCUUUGAGAAGAGUGUGGGCACUGUGCGCCACAGUUUCUUCACCUUGGUCUUCGCUUUCUUUUCUGCCCUUCUCUUCGUCCUGCUGGAAACCCUCUGGGCUCUGGCUGGCUUUGGAGGAGUAGAAGACCCCAGGGGAUUUACUCCCGUGGCUUUUGCCAUGUUGGGUGUCAGCUCCAUCCGAACUAGAAUGAGAAGAACUUUAUUCUUUGGGGUCCCCGUUUCGGCCUCAGUGAUACCCUGGCUCCUGUUAUUUGCCUCCUGGUUUAUUCCCCAAACCUCUUUCCUCAGCAACAUCUGUGGACUCUUCAUUGGCUUUAUUUAUGGUCUUGGUUACUGCUCAUGCCUUGAUCUCUCCGAAUCGGUUGCCCUGAAACUAGAUCACAAGUUCCCCUUCAGUCUGUUGAGGCGGGCCACGGUGCUCAACUAUGUUUCAGGAUCUUCACUUGAAAGAAGAGCUAUCCAGACCAGGAAGAUUAAUCCAGUCCCAGGAUCCUACCCUACACAGAAUUAUCACUCUUACCCCAUGCCGACCCUCCAGGUCAUUCAGAUGCAGCAACAUGACAACAGCCAGAGAUUGGCAUCCUGGCCAAACAAUGAACCUAGGAGCCCACCUGCCCCACCUCCCUACCACCCAGCUUCUGGCCAGUUUUAUGUGCAGAACCCCUUCGGCUUUGCUCCUGCCUCCUCUAACUUCUACCCCGCUGUCUCCUGCCCUUCCCAGGGGAGCUGCCCGCCACAGCCUCCAGUCUGCCAAGGGCCAGGGCAGCCGACCCUGGGCGACAGCGCAAUCUCAGCGCCCACGGAGGGGUCAAGGGUCCAGAGGCAAUGACGGACUCUCGAGGAGAGCAGCCUCGACUCACCACGUCUGAGUCCUUGCCCUUUCCACAAGGAGACUUCGUGGGUCAAGCCACCACAGCAACCUGUCCCUUCUGGGCUGAAACUCCUGUGUGGCCACUGGCUGCUUCUCGUUAGCUUUCCUCUUUGAUGUUUUGUGUAAUAGCCCGUGUGUGUGUGUGUGUGUGUAUGUGUGUACUUUGCCCUUCAUUCCCCAGAUCACCACACCAUGUUCUCCCAACCUCUUCUGGCCUAGAGCUAAUGAACUAGGUCAACAUAAAUUUUAUAGUAAAGCAUGAUCCCUGGGAGUUUGGACCAAUGUACUGUGUUAAUUAUUUUUUAUUAAAAAUGUAAAGCUCCAACACACAA